AUGAACUAUAUUCGCGGCGCAGUCAGCGCAAUAAGCGCCCCGUACCAGUACUACAAAGAUCUCCCCCCAAUUAACCCCUCCACCCUGACCGGUGCCAUCGACGUCAUUGUCAUCCGUCGACCUACAGACAACGGCGAAUCUGAAUUGGUUUGUUCCCCGUUUCACGUACGCUUCGGUAAAUGGCAGGUCUUGAGACCAAGUGAGAAGAAAGUCAAUGUCUUUGUCAAUGGAAACCCAAUUCCGUUCAAUAUGAAGAUUGGUGAGGCUGGCGAGGCCUUCUUUGUUUUCGAGACCGACGACGACGUCCCCGAGGAUCUUAUAACCUCACCUAUUCUGCAGCCCACCAUGCCUGACGAAACACCGACUGGAAAUGCAUCGAACCAAGAUCCUGUUGACACAGACCGCUUCGCCGCCAAGCAAGAUGAGGAGUCACAGAAUCUCCAAGCACCAUCAGACUCGGUCGAGAGUGAACUCGGAAGCACGCGCGUCGAACCCGACUUUCUUGACCUCGACGGAAGAACACAGGAAGAAGAUACUAGUCCAGAUGACGUGCGUACUACUCCGAAGCAAAAACACAACCUCCCCUCUGCGUUGCGGAAAAGUGGGUCUCGGGCGACUAUAAAUCAGAGUUCCGUUACGUCUUUGCCGUCCCCUCCUCCAUCCCCAGGUUAUGAAAUUGAGCGAUCGCGUACGCCAGCCAUGGAGGCACAAGACGCACGCGUCGACGUAGCUCUUAAGAGGCUCAAUUCGGAGGUUCAUGUUCCUGAAGUGGAGUACCACCAUGAUGUUACUCUCGACAUGGAGGGAUAUAAAUCAGGAUACCAUGACCGUAUAGCAUCUGACAAAACGGUCAGAUCCUCUGGUUCUCUUUCUCCCUCAAAGCCGAAUUCGAAAGAACAAGUCGCAUUUCCUCGGAAAACGGAUUCCUCGACACCAUCCCUCCCAUCAGAUACACCAUAUCUUGUUCUCCCGCAUACGCAAUCUUCAAUACAGUCAUCGUCUGUAUCUUCGCCAUCUCCCUCACCAUCCCCAACUUCAGCAGGAUCGCGUUCGCCUAUUGCUUCAGCCCAACCAUUUUUCCGUGCAACAUCUGAACCACCUCCAGAUAUUGAAUCUGAGAAUGAACCGGUAACAUCCUUCUCCCUCUCUCCUCAAACUCAAGCUGGCGAGCAUCAAAUGCCUGUACAAGAAUACUCUUGGGAAUGGGGUGCAUUUCCACAGCCAUCUCCUCGAAAAGCCUCGUUUGGGAAGGGCGGUAGAAUCGAAUUACCACAUUGGCGUUCAGCAGUCAGGUCUAAAAGUGGAUUUAACGACAAGAAGGGAGGUUCAAUUUUUCUGGAAUUGCCCCCUAUGGCUAGCAGAUUUGGGAAUGGAAUACCUGAGGACGGCAUGGAUGAGAUUAUUCUGAGGAUACCGGGUGGAAAUGGCAGCACAGGACGUAGUAGAAGUGUUCCACCACGUUAUUUGGACAAUUCGGCGAAGAACGAGCGAAAAGGAAGUCGAGAGUAUAAAGAAUAUGAGGAUGCCAAUAGUCCAGGUGAAGAAAAUGAAGAAAGGGGAAGAAGCGCCCGCUUUUGGGAGAAGCAAGUUGUAGGGUCAUCAGAACCUGAAGAAGACAGCAAUACCAACGGUGUGUAUGGAGUAGGAGGGACAUUGAGCCCAAGUAAGAAUGACCCUACAAUGUUUGUGCUCAGCAUUGAAGGCAGAAAAAUCGGGUUUCAAUUAAGCUUGGUUCCUCUUGGUGAAAUAUCCGAGUCUAGCAAGGAUACUAGCAAGACGAAGCAAAGAUUCCAAGACGAGUUUGAGGUAGCAAGACAAUUUGAUCGCUUCCGAGUAGAUUGGCCAAGGUUUAUUGAGGACGAAAGUAUAGUCAGCGACCCACGACUAGUUAUUCGGUGGGCAGGCAAUCAUCAGUAUAUUACCCGAAGUGAUGGGUCUCCACUCAUGGAUUCUCUCAUAAUAUGGCGGUCGUCGGUUAUCCGCAAACGUGAAUCAGGCGAUUCUCUUCGUCCAGUCUCUCCCCCACCACCGCCUGCAGAGACAAGUGUUGUCAGCGAGGACGAAUUGUCAUAUGAACCCUCAGAGCAGAAGUCGCACGGGCGAGCAAAGUCGGAAUCUCCUUCAGCUGCUGAUAUACGGCAGCAAGACGAGAAAGCUGAACCAGCCUCCCAAGGCCAAGGUUCUGCACCCAAACCGACGUCCUCGUCAUGGGUGCAAUGGUGGAAUAGGAGUCGCAGAAAGGAUGCCUCUGAUGCCAAAGGAUAUAGUAAUGUUCUAAACCCCAAAAAUGACACCUCCACAUCGUCGUUACCCCUUCCAGCUAGCAAUACUUUCCUCAAAGACAACCGGAAGAGUAUUUCAGAAGACGUUGUAACAAAAUCUAGUGCGGCUUCAGCAUUCAUGCAACAAACUCCCGAUGGCGGUCUUCGUCCUUCGCAUGCCAAAUCACCCAGCGAUGCUGCUUCUGUUCAUUCAUCAAGUCCGCCAAAUCCACCAAUUCCCUCCAAAAGAUUUGCUAAGACCCUGAGACUGACGUCAGACCAACUCAAAUCGCUCAAUCUGAGGUCAGGUCCUAAUUCCAUCACAUUUUCUCUAUCAGCUUCCGGUGCAAUCGCAGCCACUGCUCGGAUUUUUGUCUGGGAUUCAACGGACCUUGUCGUCAUUUCUGACAUUGACGGCACAAUCACCAAGUCCGAUGGGCUUGGACACGUUUUUGCAAUGAUUGGGCGAGACUGGACCCAUCUCGGUGUAGCAAAGCUUUACACUGAUAUAACUCGGAACGGCUAUAAAAUAAUGUAUCUCACUUCUCGAGCUAUUGGACAGGCAGAUGCCACACGAGAUUAUCUUAAGGGUAUCAAACAAAAUAACUAUCAACUUCCCGAAGGACCAGUAAUUAUGAGCCCUGAUCGUUUGAUGGCUUCUUUACAUCGGGAAGUGAUCAUGCGUAAACCUGAAUUGUUUAAGAUGGCUUGCCUACGUGAUAUCCAACGCCUCUUCGGAGAAUCUGCACGCAACCCUUUCUAUGCAGGCUUCGGGAAUAGAAUUACUGAUGCCCUGUCUUACCGAAGUGUCAAUGUUCCCAGUGCCAGAAUAUUCACCAUCGAUAGCAGUGGGGAAGUGAAGAUGGAGCUUUUGGAAUUAGCUGGUUACAAAUCUUCAUAUAUUCAUAUGACGGACCUUGUAGAUCAGAUGUUCCCGCCGAUCCAUCGAAAGUGGACUCCUGAAUAUACAGAUUUCAACUAUUGGAAAACUCCUGUCCAAGAUUUCCCACUCCCAGACAUGUCUCCCCCGUCUCCUGCCCUUAGCGCACGCUCUGAUACCUCCAAUCAAAGCGCUUUAGCAAGACUACGAAAUUUCAGUCUGGGAGCAAACAAUAACCCACGACCAUAUGCCACUGACAGUCAGCCAUUGUCUAGUGGUGACGGUUACCGUAGCUCGCAUCUGCGACAAAUGUCGUCUUUCGAGAAGCUAAGCUCGACUUUGGGAUUCAUGACGCGGGUCAACGGUGAUCCAUAUCGUCGCAGUGCAAGUCCUGAAUCGUCAUCUUCAUAUAUUGAAUCGGAUGACGAAGACGAUGAAGGAGAGCUGGGCGUUGAUGGUCAGAGACGAAAAAGAAAUAGGAGGAGGAGCAUGACCAGUAUGCCUGGAACACUGGAUGAAAGUCACUUCGGUAUGGAUGAGGACGACGGAGAAGAGGGUGAGCAACAUGUAGGUCACGAAGAUGACGACGAUGAGGGUGCAUACGAGGGUGAAGAGAACCCAGAAGAGGAGGCAGAAGAAGCAUUUGAUGAUGAUUUACUUGCUGCUGGUGAAAUGCAAAAUGUGCCAUUUUUGUAA